AUGAAUCGCUGUCAGCGGAAUCUUCGGCUGGAGCAGAUCAAACGAGUUUGGAGACAUCAGAAGAACCGUGUCCGGCAUAUUCUCAACCUAGAAAAUCACUCGCCAGGAAAUCGUCGCCUGGAUGAGCUCGAUCUAACCUUCAGAAAGAGAGCAGCAACGUCUCCAAGUAUUCGCAUAGAUGAUUCAGUGGCCAGUGUGCUGGACCGUAUUGCUGCCGAAUGCGCUGUUGAAGCUAAUUCUCAAGGUCAAAGCGAACAGCAGUUCAGUAGUCCGAUGUCAACUGUGAAGGAGGAACCAACGCAAUCUAUGGAUCAGUCACUGCAAGAAUGUAACAAUCUCCUGGAAAUUCAGCGCGUUUCUUGA